CCUGAAGCAACCCAAUUUCUAAGUCUUUUGAGCUCCCAACAUUUUGUCAGCAUCUGUGCCUUUUUCUCACCUUUAUCCCUUUUGUCUUCUCCUUCAACCUUUUCACCAUUGUUAACCUUAAAAAAGUUCUCAAGUCGAGCCCCGACUUAUUUCACCACCCUCUAGCUUGCUUCUGUUGCAAGCGAUCCCCUGGUUCACGUCUGAGAAGGUGAAAGCUUCUACUGAUUCAAGCCGUUUAAACUAUCACCACACGAGGUAUGCCGCCAAAGCAAAAUUACACAAAGGCCUACAAGGCAAUGAAGGGCAUGGGAUAUUCUCAAAGUAUCGUGAGGCCAAUCGUGAAACAGCUUCUCACAUUGUAUGAAGAUAACUGGACACUCAUUGAAGACGAUAACUACAAAGUUCUUAUUGAAGCUAUUCUAGAUAGCGAGGACAAUAAGGCACAUGGCACUAAGUCAAGAAAACCAAAUAGAAGGUCCGAGGAUGAGGCUGAAAAAGAGGAGCCACUCGUGAAGAGGCCUCGACUGAACAGCCUUCAAAAAAGCAAGUCAUCAUCAGCACCGAUUAAUACUUUCACGACAAGCUGUAGCGUUGAGGUCAAGAAUGAAACCCAUGGCAAGCAAAAAUUGGCCGAGGUUACUCCUGAGAAGCAUCAGUAUGAAGAUAACGAACUCAGUGGCUCACAAGUCCGAAAGUGCUAUGAACGCAAGCGCAAGAAUUCGGUGGAGCAAGAAACAUCAUCUGAACUCAAUUAUGAUGAAGAAAUUGACAGAUAUUGCUCCAUGGUGCCCAACGAGGACAUGGAAUAUUUUGGAGAGGAAUCUGAUUUACGUCCCGAUUUUACUUGGAUGGGUGAUAAUGAGACCGUGGCUGAUGAUCUGCUUAGUUUCGAGGUUCCUCUUGCAGUGCUUCCUCCAGAUCCUCCUAUCCUCCUACUGCAACAAAGCUCAUACGAGAAUUGCUCCAAUGCCGAAGAGAGUUGCUCUAAAUAUCCUGAAGUGAUAGAUUUGGAUCCAGAGGACACAUGCACAGAUCUUGACAUGCUUCCUAAAGAUUCUUGUUCCCUUGAAAAAAGUUCUAAGUUGGAACAAAUUCAUUCAGAAUCUGUGAUCUAUAAACAUCCCGACCCUGAAAAGAUUGAACAGGACGGUCAAGAUUGUCUGAAGCUCGAUCUUGCCACCUCAUCGAAAGGCGACUCAAAAAUUUCUAUUUCCAUCAAUGCUUCAGUAGGACCAGAAUUUUGUGUCCCGAACUUAGAAGAAGUAUUGAAGCAGGUCGAGGAUCGAUGCAUAAAGGCAUACAAAAUCCCUCAAGGCAGCUUUUCUUUGCUUGGACUCAUGGAAGAAGUUUGCCAACAUUUUUUAGCCACGGGUACCACCUCAGCAAAUCCUGAAAAACUGGGACUUGAGAAUGAAAUUCCGGCUCUCGGUGUGUCAGAAGAAACUGAUUUGGAAAUUUGUUCGGAUGAGGACACUAACCAGCUGCAGCUCAGUCUUAUCAGCGAGCCAACCAUUUCAAAUGAUCCAUUCAUGGUUAAAAACAUUUUCGAGGUUUCAUCUCAAAUUCCGAGGUUUUUUGGGUCGGAAACAUACUUUAACAUGGAUGCGAGUGGUGGUCCUGUAAUGACUGAUGGAGAAACUAAGGAAAGAAAUCCGCGUGCUGCAUGUUCUUCCCACGCGUUGGUGGUUUUCCAGAAGAAGGGCUGUGAUAGUUAUGUUAGAGACAUAACUAAAGGUCACGAACCUUGCGAAAUUGCGUUAAUAAAUGGGAUAAAUGAAGUUAAGUGUCCCAAAUUCAAAUACAUUCCGAAAAGUGCAGCAUACAAGAGUGCAUGCAUCCCAUUUGCCCUGGCCCGUGUAUCUGGAAAUGACUGCUGUUCAGAAUGCCUCGAGGACUGCUUGUCUUUGGAAGUUCCAUGUGCUUGUGCUGGAAAAACAAGACAUGAGUUUGCUUAUACGAAGGAGGGCUUAGUGAAGGAAGUGUUUUUGGACGAUUUCUUAUCUAAGAGUCAAUCUUUGUCCAAAAACGGUAUUUUCUUCUGUCAAGACUGCCCGUUGCAAAGAUCUACUCUUGGUGAGAAUUCAUCCGGCAAAUGCGUGGGCCACAUGAGUCGGGCUUUCAUAAAGGAGUGUUGGUAUAAAUGUGGUUGCAGCCUCACUUGUGGAAACCGAGUUGUCCAGCGAGGAAUCACAGCCAAGUUGCAUGAUGUGUUUAUGACGCCCGAAGGCAAAGGAUGGGGUCUUAGAGCUCUGGAGGACUUACCGAAAGGCGCUUUUAUAUGCGAAUAUGUAGGAGAAGUUGUCACAAUAAAAGAGCUACUAGAAAGAAACGAGAAAAAUAGCAACGCAAACAACCAUACCUUCUCUGUUCUACUUGAUGCCGAUUGGAGUUCAAAACGUGUGUUGAAGGAGAACGAGGCUCUUUGUCUGGACGCGACCUUUUAUGGUAAUAUCGCGCGGUUCAUUAAUCACAGGUGUUUUGAUGCCAAUAUGGUUGGGAUCCCUGUCGAGAUGGAGUCUCCAGAUCAUCACUAUUACCAUCUGGCUUUCUUUGCAACAAGGGAGAUUAAUGCUUUGGAAGAAUUAACUUGGGACUAUGGAGUUGAAUUUGAUGAUUGUCAUCUGGGGAAGGCUUUUGAGUGCCUUUGUGGUAGUAAAUUCUGCAGGGAUCGUCCAUCUGGGAGGAAUUUAGGGACCUUUUAGUUUUGUUGAAAUUAUGAAACAAAUUUGAAAUUUAUGAUCUUUUUUGGUGUAGAAAGUGAGUGGCUGCUCAAUUAAAGCUAAUUAGCAUUUGUCUCGAGAUAGAUUUCAGAUUCUUGAAGUUAAGAACCAAACUGAUACAGAUGUUGCCUUUUGAGUUUUUGGGUCGUGCAUGUUCACUUGCUCGUUGUUACUUGUGAUGAGGUUUAUUUUCUGUUAAGGUUCUAAUGUUUACUUUUACAAUUUAUUUGUCCUUUUACCCUCAUAAAGUUGAGCGAGAUUUGAAGGUUUAAUGAGCUCGCUUUAUGCUUAUGGCUGAGAACUGAUUUUUUUGAAUUCCCCUGCUGCGGAUAAGAGUU